AUGACAUCCCCCUGUCCCUCCUCCCUCUCUCCCCGCUCCUCCUCUCCCACCCACCCCUCCUUGCUGUCACCCGGCCGGCCCCCCUUGUCGCUGCACAGGGACCGAGAGGCGCAGGAGACAGCAGAGAGGGAGCGACUGGCCAAGCAGUGGAUGGCGGAGCAGGAGCGGAUAAAGAACGAGCCGUUGGAGAUCACGUACAGUUUCUGGGAUGGAGCGGGGCAUAGGCGAGUCAUUAAGGUGCGCAAGGGCGACAGCAUAGCGGACUUCCUGCGAGCCGUGCAGCAGCAGCUGGCGCCCGACUUCAGGGAGGUGCGGUCGGCAUCGGUGGAGGGGCUCGUGUACAUCAAGGAAGAUCUCAUCAUCCCGCACCAAUACACCUUCUACGAGCUUAUUGUGAACAAGGCGCGCGGGAAGAGUGGUCCGCUGUUCCACUUCGACGUGCACGAUGACAUUCGCACCACGGGGGACGCCACCAUUGAAAAGGACGAGUCGCAUGCGGGCAAGGUGGUGGAGAGGCACUGGUAUGACAAGAACAAGCACAUCUUCCCCGCCUCGCGAUGGGAGAUAUACGACCCGGCAAAGAAGUGGGACCGAUACACCAUCCACGGCAACUGA